GCUCAGGUGGAGAGAAGGGCUCACAAGCACAGGCCAAGUCACGCCCUGGGAUGACGUCCCCCUAAGGAAUGAGGAAGCAGGGAGCUGGCCGGUGACCCAGUGGGGCUGAGGCAAAGGGGCCACCAUAAAGAGGAAACCCUUCACCAAGACACACACCGGGAAAGAAGAGUUCGAGUGAGCAGAACUCUCCUGUCUCAAGAUCUACCUCUCAGGCGCUUUCCAGAGAUGGAUUAUUUUACUUUCCUCGUGGCUCUUCUUCAUGUACACAAAGCUCUAGGUGAAGAGAUAUUUUGGAACACAAGAGUCAAACUUGCAGAGACUCUGACUCUCGAGUGUCAGUAUCCAUUGGGCACCUUAGUCCAGAUGGAGUGGUUCAAGAUCAACGCAACGGAGAAAGAGUCCAUAGCCAUUUUUCACCCUACCUUUGGUUCGGAAAUAAGGGAGCCCUAUGUUGGUAGGGUUUACUUCUUGAAGUCAAACUCGGGUCCCAACGAUAUGAUGCUGGCCUUUCACAAUGCCUCUGAGGCUGACGUCGGUUCCUAUUCCUGCCUUCUUGAAAUAUUCCCAUAUGGAUCUUGGGAAAAGGUGAUACAGGUGGUUCCAUCAGAUAGCUUUGAGAUAGCUGUGCCAUUGAAUAGCCAUGUGGUCUCAGAACCUGGAGAAAACAUCACAUUCAUGUACGAACUUCAAAUGAAGGGUCCCAUGCAACAAGUCACAUGGGAAAAGGUCCAGUCCCAUCAGAUCGACCUCCUAAUCAGCUGCAACUUAUCCCAAGGGAAAAGAUUCCCCUCAAGGUUUAGGAGGCAAAUCCUGAGCAACUGUAGCCAGGGGAUGAGAAGGAGCUUUAUCCUCAUGCCCCACGUCGUGGCCUCUGACUCCGGACUUUACCGUUGUUGCUUCAAGGCCAGCACAGGAGAAAAUGAAACCUUCGUGGUAAGGUUGACCGUAACUGAUGGUAAAAACGACAACCAAUAUGUCCUCUGGAUGGUUGUAGGGGCAGUUUUAUCGUUGCUGUUUGUUAUCCUAAUUGCCGCUGUCAUUGUCAUUCUGUAUAACAGGAAGAGAAGGAGACAGAAAAGUGUCCAAGGUAAAGGGUCCCAGGCCACACAGACUAAGGCAUCUAACAACUACAGAACUUCCUUCUCCAUCAGUCAACCAUCAGAUGGUGCAGGAGAGGACAUUUAUGUCAACUACCCAACCUUCUCCCGGAGACCGAAGACUAGAGCCUAAGCUUUUUUCUUGAUCUGAGCAAAUUUAUGACUGUUAAAUCCAUGGAUCUUUAUACAAUUUCUUCCCACUAUUCAGUGUCUACCCUGGAUGCCAGUAGACUGAAUAUAUUUUACUUUUUUCAAUCCAAACAGCACCCUAUUUAAUUCCCCAACAAAACGAUGGAAAAAAGAUUCUCUACUACAUUUACAUAUGAAAUCUCCACCUAAUAAGUAAUAGAAGCCUAUGUGCCAAUUUCUAAAAACAGUUAUAAGAUACAUACACAAUUUUGGGUACAUUAACAAUACAGAAUAUGACAAAAUGUUAAAGACAAUCUCCUGUCUAUGGGUCUCAUCACCUCUGACCUGAAGGGGCAGCUGUGAUGGCCUGGAAGACAUCAGAGCCUCUUCUGCUUCCUCAUCCCAGGACUGUGCUCAGGGCAUAGAGGUGCCUGUCUGUCUUGCCCCUGAGCUACAGUGCAAGCCCUGCUGCUGGCCUGGGCAUGAAACCACCGGAUCCACCUGCUCUUGUUCUCCCUGGUGUUGGUGACCUACAUCACCUAGAGAACAUUCUUAACAGAAAUGUUUCAGUCAACCCGACUCUAAUUAGCUUAGACAUGAAAGGCAACUUACUGACUCAUGUAAUGGAUCCAUCUGGGGAGGUCAAGCUUCAGGCAAAGGUUAUUGACCAGGACUUAAAUGUCAUGUCUGAAAUCAAGUGUGGGCACAAACCAGCUUCUGGAUCCCUUUCCAUGGCAUUGGAUACACUUCACUGGUGUUGGUCUAACUCCGUGGUCGGCAAACUGUGGCUCGUGAGCCACAUGCGGCUCUUUGGCCCCUUGAGUGUGGCUCUUCCUAAGCCUUAGGAGCACCCUAAUUAAGUUAAUAACAAUGUACCUACCCAUAUAGUUUAAGUUUAAAAAAUUUGGCUCUCAAAAGAAAUUUCAAUCGUUGUACUGUUGAUAUCUGGCUCUGUUGACUAAUGAGUUUUCCGACCACUGGUCUAACUCAUUCGAACUUCCCUCUUGUGCUUCCAAGAUGGCUGUCCACAACUCUUGGAAAAUUCAUAAUCUUUGUUUCUGUUUGGUAGAGAGUUUACUUAUAUGAUACAGUUCAGGAUUUUUUUCAGGGAUUUUGAGCCCUCCUCAGUCCUGUGGGAAUUUCUCUGACCUCCCUACUAUUCCUAUUCCAUGCUCAGCUGUUAACUGGUGAAAUUCUGUUCAUUCCUUUUUUUCUCCUCUGAACAUCUUAACAAAGCACUUUCAUUGUAUUUUCGUUAAUAUUAUACAUAGUUUGCUGGAGUUUUAAAAUACUGCCAUAUGUUAUACACACACACAUAUAUGUACAUAUAUAUAUUGUGUCAGUGUACACACACACACACACACACACACACACACACACACAAUUUGUUGUACCUGCUAUUCUGGUUGUUAAUAAGGAAAGAGAUAAAAACAGAUCCACUGAAUAAAAGGUCAGAAUUGAAUUAAACUAUAUUUUAAAUCUUUUUUUGCAAGGUGCUACUUAGGAAGCAAGAUGCUUCCUAAGAUUCUUCUUUACAUAUAUAAUUUAUAUUGAUAUAUAAUACAUUAAAUAAAAAUCUAUUUCCUUUGAAUGCCACUAUUUUAAUAUUUACA